UACUGUCUUUGUCUGUUGAAACGCCGCUGUUUCAGGAAGCAAACUAUUUUCUUUUUCCUGAAAUUUCGCCUUUUUCUUUUGCUUAUCUCGUCCCCCUUUUUAACGUUCUCCCGUGUGAUUUCGCCUUUUUUUUUAAUUUUCUCUAGACUAUAACUCUGUUCAUUUCACCUUUUAUAGUGUCGGCUACGCAGUAGCUGCGUUUGUAAUCGCGUUUUGAAGUUAUCUCUAUCUAAUGUGAUUGUUCGGCUAGUAAAUGCUUCGCUCUUAGUUCCCAAGAUUUUUGUUUCCCUUAAUAAUCUCUUUGAAGGCCCAAAUCUUUGCAAAUUUUAGUCUUUGGUUCUUCUUCUUCAAUUUUGCUUGAUAAAGUUUUCUUUUAACCAUUUUGUUAGCUUUAAUAAUUGGUGAUGUUUCAGCCUUUGAAAAUGAACCGGAAUCGAAGAAGAAACGUUCAUCAGGUUCAAGGAUGUUUAGGUCGUAUGGUAAACCUGUUCGAUUUCGGAACAGUUGGUAGUGGGAAGAAACUGCUCGAUAAUAAACCCUACUUUGACGAAGAUGGGUUUAUAAAGAGUAAACAGUUUGAUGAGAUAGAAUAUAAAGUUGUGAGGAAUGGUUUUACGGUUGGAGUCAAUGGAACUCCGAUGAAGAUGCUACUAGCUGAGGAGAUGUCCAAAGAUAUGGAACUUAAUCUCGGUUCCACAAACUUGGUUGCCAAGUUGAUGGGUCUUGAUUCUUUCCCUCAGACACAACCGGAUGCUAUAGUUCCAAGGAGUAACAACUCUAAACCUCGGCUAAAGAGGUCGUUAAGUCACGGGGAGUGUAAAAAUGUCUAUGAGAUUUGGGAGAAACCAGUGGAGGGUUUAAGCAAAAAGAAGAUGGACAUUGUCCGUGAGAAGUUCUUGGAGGCUAAACGUUUAGUUACAGACGAUAAGCUACGACAUUCCAAAGAGUUCCAAGAAGCUAUGGAAGUUUUGAGUUCAAACAAGGAGUUGUUCCUCGAGUUUUUGCAGGAGUCGAAUAACUUCUUCUCUCAUCACCUCCAGUCCUCCACAGCGCCACCAACUCCGGAGAAGUCGCCUAAGCGUAUCACUAUUCUGAAGCCUUCAAAGAGCAUUGAGUCUCCUGUUGAAAAGGGUAUUCGUUUGUUCAAAUGGCCUGGUGAAGAUGAAUAUAAUCCGACAAAGCAAACUAGUAGAAAAGUUGUACUGAAACCUAAUGGCCAUGUGGGAAAGGCUUCUUCAUGUCCAGCCUCUCCAAGAGAUGGUUUACCUGUGGAUGACUAUGAGGAGAUAAAAGAUGUGGCUAGGAGAGUGAAGAGACAGAUUCUCAAGGAAGAUACUUCACAUUCUUCUGUCUUCUCCAACGGCUAUGUAGGCGAUGAUAGUUACUACGCAGAUUCUGAGAUCAUAUCACCGGUUUCUAGGCAUUCAUGGGAAUAUACGAACAGCCCAUUUUCUUCUUCGCCUUUUAGCAGAGCCUCAGGUUCUCCAGAGUCGUCAUCAGUUUGCAGAGAGGCUAAGAAACGGCUUUCAGAAAGAUGGGCAUUGAUGGCAGCAUCGAAUGAGAACUUGCAGGAGGAGGUUGAAGUUAUUCAGAAGAAAGGGGCUAAUAUUUCUUUAGGUGAGAUGCUUGCACUUUCAGAUUCAAUGACUGAUCUUAGAACUGAAGAUAAAGAAGAAGCAAAUGAUUGUUAUGAAGAACAUGAUGUUAGAGUGUAUCCAUCUUGCUUAGCUGGUGAUGAUUCCAGUAGAGAGGAUGGGAAUUUAAAGCCAUUUAAUAGCCUUAUGAGAUCAAAAUCUCUCCCUGAAGAGUUGACUAAGUCAAAAAGCUUGAAAUGGUCUCUGAAAGGUAAAGUCUCAAAGUUUCUUUUCUCAAGAAACAAGAAAGCAAGUAAAGAGAGAUCUUCUGAGGAAACUCCAGAAUGUGAUGCAUCAGUUUCUGCUAGAAGCUUGGUUUCUCAGGAGGCAGGCUUAUCAAUUGCAAGGUCAGCAACUUUUGGAAACUCUAGGGAGUGGCGUGAUGAGCCGAGUCCAGUUUCAGUCUUGGAAACUUCUUUUGAUGAAGAUGAUGGAAUCUUUUUUAAUUCCUCUGUUUUGAAUAGAUCAUCCUCCUCUUCUCUUGAACCGGAGAUGAUGAUGUCCAUGAGAUCCAACUUACUAGGCAAAUCUCCCUCCAUUGGUCGGAGUUUUUCAUUCGACGACUCAGCAGUAUCUCGGUGCUACUCAUCAAAACGCUCUACUCUUUCCACAAGAGAGGAGGAGGAAGAAGACUUGCGUCUCCUUGUCAACGCACUCUUAUCAGCAGCUGAUCUAGAUGAAGAGUCAGAGUCAUUGUCGUCAUACCUUUUGUCUAAAUGGCAUUCCGUAGAAAGCCCACUAGACCCAUCUUUGAGAGGCAUCUACGCGAACUCGGCAGAACAUCAAAGACUAGGAACCAACGUGAAGCAGCUUGUGUUCGACCUCGUCAACACGCUGCUUUUGGAGCUGACACCGAGCUAUCUCGGACCUCGUGGUCUCAAGAUUCUCUCUGGCAAGACGUUGGGGGCUUAUGCAAUAAACCGGAUGCAAGAAUGUUUAAAGGGUAAUGGAAGGGUGGUGGAUCGGUGGUGGGAUGAAGACGGAGACUUGAGCAGUUUGGCGGUGAAUAGAGUGGUGAGGAUGGAAGUGGCGGAGAUUGGUUCACCGGAGAGUUUGAGGUUGGAAAUGGAUUCCAUGGGAGAAGAAGUAGAGUUUAAGUUGCUGGAGGAGUUAGUGGAGGAGUUUUUGAUGGAUUUUUCAGAACAAUCCAAAUUCUUCAUUUCAAGUAUUUGUUAAUCAUAUAUGAAUGUAUAUUAUAUGGUUUUUUCGUGUGUAUAUGGUUGAAUCAUAUUUUUUUGUUUUUGGUU